AUGCCUCCAUCAGCCGACCCCCCAACCUCGGACCCCUCCUUCUCACCCGUGACCACCAAAACCCAAGCUCCCACAACCAAAGAUAUCCCUAUAGCUCCAGCUGUCAAGGCACCACUUCCUCUGACAGACCCCCAAAAGAUCUUCCACUACACGGAUCUCCAACGCAGUCAACCAACUCGUGCAAACGACCCUUACACCUACCUCUCGGGCUUCAACAAUCGUCACGCCAGUGAGGUCAUUCCUGGUACCCUCCCCGCUGGACAGAACAAUCCCCAGGAGAACAGAUUCGGCCUCUAUACCGAGGGCAUCACGUAUAGUGCUUUUGCGGCGCCGAGGGAGGCGAAUAGGAGUACGUAUAUGUACCGUGUUCGACCGGCUGCUGCGCAUAGUAAGUUUCUUCUUUCCUAUUUUGCGAGAUACAAAAAAGUUUGGAUUUCGACAGAUAAGAAAAGAAAAGAAAAGUUGCUGAUUUGGAUUCAGAUGGAUAUCAUGACGUCAAAACCAGCGCCAACGUCGAGAACUGUUUCCUGACUCUCAAUCCCAAGGUUGCCCUCCUCGCUGAACAGGCGGAAUGGACCCCCUUCCCCAUCCCACCUGCUUCCACGCCGACGGACUUUGUCGAUGGUUUGCAUACCCUCAGUGGCUCCGGCGAUCCGAACCUCCGCGAGGGACUCGCGCUGUACGUGUACAUGUUCAAUAAAUCCAUGUCCGCACGCAGUUUCUGCAACUGUGACGGCGAUUUCUUGAUCUGUCCGCAAAAAGGCAUCUUGGAUAUCCAAACCGAGUUUGGGAAGUUGUAUGUCCAGCCCGGGGAGAUCUGUGUUAUCCAGCGCGGUGUGCGGUUCUCGAUUAACCUUGAUGAGAAGGCGGUGCCUGGAGAGGGUGCAAGAGGUUACAUCACUGAGAUCUGGGGAAGUACUUGGGAACUCCCUGAUCUGGGGCCGAUUGGAGGGCAUGGGUUGGCGAACCCAAGGGACUUUUUGAAGCCGAUUGCGUUUAUUGAUGAGGAUCUCCAUGUGCCCUUUGAGAUUGUGAAUAAGAUGAACGGAACGUACGCUGCCAUCUCACAAGACCACACACCCUACGACCUCGUAGCCUGGCACGGAAAUGUCGUCCCGUACAAAUACGACCUCACCAAGUUCUCAUCCCAGAACUCGACGAGUGUCGAUCAUACGGAUCCCUCGGUUAACACGGUCCUCACGGCCAAGAGUCAUGAUCCCCUCGUCCCCCUGGCGGACUUCUUGUGGUUUGGUCCCAGGUGGGAUGUUGCGUCUAAUACGUUUCGACUACCCUACUUCCAUAGGAAUAGUGCGUCGGAGUUCCUGGCUUCGCUGUAUGGGAAUGGACUCGGACGAAGUGAGGGCUUUGAACCGGGUGGUGGGAGUUUUGAGGGUGGGCAUACGCCGCAUGGGGGGUAUGGAGAGGGGUAUCAGAGGGAGAUGAGGAGGGCGGUUGUUAAUCAGCCGAGGAGGAUAUUGGAGGGUGAGUUUUGAUUUUUUGUUCAUUCUGUGGUUGUAUGUCGGCAAGAAGCUAAUAUGGAUCAGAUCAAAUGACCAUCAUGGUCGAGAGCUCGCGAACCUUCUUAUGGACUGAGUAUGCGAGGAAGGGAUGUGGGUGUCUCAGUCAAGUAGCUACCGAUCCCAAGGUGUGGGAUAGUUUGCCUGUAAGUCUUCAUCCCUCUUGUCAUCGAGUUGAGAAAUUCUUGCUAAUGUCGGAUAGGAUAAAUUCUCCACAUACCCCGGUAUCAAAGAUCUUCUCAAGCGGGUUAAGGAUGAUAAGGAGGAGGAGAAGAAGAGGUUGGAGUUUUAUCAUCAGCCUCAUAUUGGAAGGUUUGAAUGAUUUUUCUUUGGUCAGAGGUUGGCAAAAGUCUGAGGAUUGGGGAAGGUGUGGUGCGGUAGGUGGGUGGGUGAUAGAAUGAUGGCGUUUUUGUGUAGAUAUUUUUGUGGGUUUGGUGGCUAUG